GCCUCCGGACUGCUGCUGAUCGUCUCCGUUAUUUCAGAGCUGGAAGGAAAGGUAAGUUGAGUUUGGGGGAAGGGGGGGAUGGAGAAGGAGUUAGUGGUGGUGGGUUGCACUGUAGGGUUUCUUGGUGUUCUUUCAGCUGCUCUUGCCUUCGCUGCGGAGGCUACCAGGAUUAGGGCUUCUGACGUGGUGACUAGAGCGCAUGAAGAAUGCACAUAUCCAAAAAGCCCAGCUUUUCAUCUCGGGCUUUUGUCAGCACUUGCUCUAGCGCUGGCUCAGGCUAUUAUAAACUUUUUUGCUGGGUGCAUUUGCUGCAGGAGAAAUCUAAGCCGCUUCAACACUAACUGGAAUGUAGCACUGAUAUCUUUUGCUGUCUCUUGGUUCAGUUUUGUUAUAGCAUUCCUUCUACUACUGGCCAGUGCCGCACUGAAUGACAAGAGAGGGAUGGAGGACAUCUACUUCGGCAAAAACUGCUAUGUUCUGAAUGCCGGAGUCUUCUCUGGAGGGGCCGUUCUAUCUCUUCUGAGCAUCUCUCUUGGAAUUAUAUACUUUGCAGCUCUCCAUUCACCCAAGAGCUUCAAUCCCUGCUGGCCGCGGCGCCAGCAAAAUCACGGCAUCGCUUUAGGGCAACCGCAGAUCCCUCGGCAGAGCGACGAACCGGUCUUCGUGCACGAAGAUACUUACAACAGGCAGAGAAUUCCUUGAAACGGUUCUUAUAAACUUCCAACAAGUUCUUUCAUCAUUUUUUUUUUCCUCAAAAAGUUUUUCCUUCAUUAUUAGAUACUUACACAGGGCUGGAAGAUUUGAUUGAUUUUUUAAAUUUUUAGAAAGAUUUUUGCAAUUAGAGCUG